UACUUGUUAAAACUGCUUCCUGCUUGACCCUGUCGGUAAAAAGCUCCCGCCUCAUCAGACGCCCCUCAGACGAGAAGUCAGCGCGCGCACGACUCACGUGCGGAGGUAAAAUGCAGCUGGACGGUCCGACGAGCCUCACGAGUCCGGCGCCGCCUGUCAUCGCACAUUAGUUGUUUUGGUUAGAAGAGGAGCCAUGAAGAAACACCUGAGUCCCACUAAACAACAGCAGCAGCAGCAGCAGCCGCCGCCGCCGCCGCCGCCGGUUGACGUCCCGGCUCCGGGCGGCGAGAUUACCGUCCAUCAACUCAACGAGCUCCUGUCCAACGGCAGCGGCUUCUACAGCCUACCCACGCAACAUUUCAACGAGGUCUUCCCCAGGAUAUACAUCGGUAACGCGUUUGUGGCGCAGAACGCAAUGCGCCUGCAGAAGCUCGGCGUGACGCACGUCCUCAACGUGGCGGAGGGCACCUCCUUCAUGCACGUCAACACCAGUGCGGAGUUCUACGCCGGCACGGGCAUCACAUACCACGGCAUCCAGGCCAAUGACACCGAGCAGUUCAACCUCAGUGCCUUCUUUGAGGAGGGGGCUGAUUUUAUCGACAAGGCCCUGGCGCACAAUAAUGGAAAAGGGAAGGUGUACGUACAUUGCAGGGAGGGCUACAGCCGCUCCCCUACCAUGGUUGUCGCUUACCUCAUGCUGCGCCAUAGGAUGGAUGCCCGGAUGGCGGUGGCCACCGUCAGGCACAAGAGAGAGAUUGGUCCGAAUGACGGCUUCCUUCGCCAACUGUGCCAACUAAACGAGAAGCUGGCAAAGAAGGGCAAGCUGAACGGGGAGGCGGGGAAACUAAAGACCAAAUAAUAUCAAGAGACCCUCUGCCCACGUCUCCUCCCGUCAGGCCUUUCACAGGCUGCAGCUGCUCUCGGAGACUGGCCCCACCCAGACUAAACCAGCACCCACCUGACACACCAGGGGUAUUCCGAAACACAAACAUACAUGCAUUUAUCUGUGUAGAUAAUUAUUCCUCACACACACACACACACACACACACACACACACACACACACACACACACACACACACACGUGUACAUGCUGUUUUCUUUUUGAAUCUUUAGUCCACGUCUCUCAGCUGCUCCGUAAGGGGACAUCUGUCAGUCCUCUGCCUGCUCCUACAAAGAGUGUGAUCUCUCAUACUUAACGCAAAACAAAUCCCUCGUCGCCCCCCCCUUUUUUUUUUUUA